CUAUUUUCGUCAUUUCACCUUAGUUCCCUCUGUAAAACAAAAUCACAAAGAAGGGAAAUUGCAAGUGUAGAGAGAGAGAGAUAAUAUUGAUGGGGGUGACAAAGGAGCAAGUUGAAUCUUCACUAACUGCAAAGUUGAACCCUUCUCAUCUGGAAGUGAUUGAUAUGUCUGGGGGAUGUGGCGCGAAAUUCUCGGUUGUCGUCGUGUCAGAACAAUUUGAAGGCAAAAGAUUGCUGGAGAGGCACAGAAUGGUUAAUGGUGCACUGGCCGAGGAGAUGAAGGAAAUCCACGCUCUCUCUAUUACAAAAGCUGUCACUCCGGAGCAGUGGAAACAACAGCAGGAAACUGAAAAGUCUCAAACAGCUGCUUAAAUCAUGAUAUAAUCAUCUUUCUCGCCCAUAUGCUUGAUAACCCAAACCAUAUGGCUAAUACUCUCUUCCCCUUAUCUGAUGAGGGGGUAACUGUUAUAGGUUAAGAAAACUGUCCUCUAUCAUGUUUUGAUUAAACUUGCUAAAUUUGAGACUGUAUGAUACUUUUAACUAUUGAAUAAUGCAAUAGCUCUGGAAUUCAAUCGA